AUGGCAGUUGCUACUUGGCGUAUAGAUCGGUCGGGGAGAAAGAGUUUAGCUGCCAUACAAAAAUGCACAUCCGCGGUGGAACAGCUUGGAACGGGCAACCCUCCAGAUAACUUUGAUGACUACUUGUGCAUGGCAGCAAGAACUUCUCGCGAAAGCCUUGAUCAUUUUUGCAGCGUAGUCAUCGAGUUAUAUCGUGACGAGUACUUACGUAGGCCGACUAGUCAUGAUGUUGCCCGGUUGUACGAAGCGCAUGAGCGGAGACACAAGAUUCUGGGAAUGCUAGGAAGUCUUGAUUGUACGCGUUUUGUUUGGAGAAAUUGUCCCAAAGCGCUGAAGGGACAAUACAAGAGAGGUGAUCAUCCAUACCCAAUAGUUACGCUUGAAGCCGUUGCUUCACAAGACUUGUCGAUUUGGCAUGCUUUUUUUGGUCCUCCAGGGUCGCUCAACGAUAUCAAUGUCUUGAUGCAAUCGACUUUGUAUAUGAGGGAGCGAAAUUCGACGGCUCCUGACUCUUCUUUUACCGUAAACGACCGUCGUUAUAAACGGGGAUACUAUCUUACCGAUGGAAGCUAUCCUAGGUGGGCGACUCAUGUCAAGGCAAUGCCAUAUCCGACUGAAAAAAAUGACAAGAAGUUCAAGAAAGUUCAAGAAUCGGCAAGAAAGGAUGUGGAGCGAGCGUUUGGUGUUUUGAAAGGAAAAUGA